GUUCUCUCGGUCAGCUGGAGUAGAAGGAGGACAGGAAACGCGGAAAAUAGAUAUGAAAUGUCUAUGACAGUUUCCCCGAAAUGUCGUCCCUCUGGAAGAAGUUUCGAGGUGGGUCUGGGGGAGGGAGCCCGAACCACACGGGCCAUGGAGCGGCUGCUAGCAGUUCUUCCUAUCAGGGGGGAGCUGAAGUAUGCCAGGGUGCUGAAGUGACCUCAUCGCCACCCUUACAGCAGGCACCGUCUAGUAACUUGCGCUUCAUUACACGUUCUGAUGAAGACCUGUUCAUGUCUGAGUCAGGGGACAAAAAGGUGGAUCCAUUGCAAAUACAAUCACAGUUUGUAAAGACUGUUGAAGAUAUCCUCGAUAGCCACUCCACUCUGCCGUACUUCUUGCAGUUUUUGCAAGGUUGGGGUGCUGAGAAGUAUGCAAGGUUUUGGCUGGAUGCUACUAGCUUCAGAGCUGCAGCUGUGACUCGCAUACGAAGCCAGGAUGUGCAUAUAACAUCCGACAUAGCAACUUCCACAACUAGCGAUAGAUCUUAUAUAGAUUAUAGUGAUAGUAAUUGUACAGAACCGGAAAACAAGCAAAAACAGACCGUUGAUGAAAUAUUUGAGAAUUACACUACUCAGUCAUGCUCAAAUUCAAGGACAGAAAGCUUUGGCCCAAAGGAAGGAAUGCAAUCAAGAGAUAAAGGAUUGGUCUUACCUGAUUUAGUAAGUAAUAUUAAGCAUGCUAAUGAUGUUACUCCUCUUAAUAGCCCUGAUGGGAGCUUUAGCAAGGUGCUGAACUGUGAUGCUCGGACUUCUGAAGGGAACCCGAAAACUAGUGAUGAGAAGUGUGUGAUAUUACCCAAUCAUGUGGAUAGUGUUAAAGAAAGCAAUACAAAGCCAGUCGGAAGUGAAAGUGUUAUUACACCAAAACCUCAUUUAAAAGAUACAAGAGGUUUUUCAAGCCCAAGUGCCUCAGUAUGUUCAAGGGCUCAGAAACUCAGACAAAGCAUAGCAGAGGAUGCCAUGAAGAUUUUCAACAAGUACAUAGCAAGGGAUGCAGAACAGUCUAUCGGUCUAGAUGAUGACAUUAGAGAGGAUAUCCUACAAAAGAUCUCCGUAGUUCAGGAAGACAUUGAUUCUGAGUGCUUUGUUCCAGCACAGAAAAUAGUGUUUGGUGUCCUAGAAAGAGAAUACCUCCCAAAGUUUCUUGCAAGUGACUACUACCUCAAACACCAAAUAGACGUUCUCACCAGCGGCUCUGUGCGUUUGGCAGAUAUUCUGUAUAGUGAUUCAGCAUUUCCUUACUUCAUGGAGUAUGUGGAGCAGGAAGGAGGAAGGCAAAUGCUGCAAUUGUGGGUGGCAGCUUCAAAUUUCCGUCAGCAGCUGAUUGAGCACGCUGGCAUGUACGAUCCUCAGCAAGCACAGGCAGAUGCCAUGGUCCUGUAUGACAAGUACUUUUCUCUGCAAGCAACCUGUCCGCAAGGAUUCAGUGACCGAGUAAGAUUUGAAGUUGAAAGCAAUAUCUGCCGUGAGGAGGGACCCCUGCCAUCCUGUUUUAAUUUGCCUCUCAGAGUGGUUCUGCAUGUUCUAGAAAGGGAUUUCCUCCCUGGCUAUUUGUCAUCCAGUCUUCACAUCAAGUACCUGAGUGAGUUGAUUAAUACUGUCAAGACGAGUAUUGAGCUGCUUGGCCGCAAAAAGAGAUCAGGCUCUGAGAGCACAUGUAGCAGUGAGCAGAGCAGUACCUAUGGGGGAGCAGGAAUCAGUUCGCAAAAUACACUGCUGGCGAUGGAUACUUCAUCCACACACCGUUUUCACAAUUUGGAUGGUGCCAUGAGAAUUGAUGAGGCUCAGAUUACGGAUCCAGAUUCACUAUGGAGGCGAAAGAAUUUCAGUAAAAUGAGCUGUGGAUUCAUUAAUGAGCUUGGAAGAUUUGAAUCAGAACUGCAGCCAGAGCCUGAUCGCAAGACAGAGUCAAAAAUUUCUCGGACUCUUAAAAGAUUUGUUAACAUGGAUGAGGAUAAGGUAAAAGAAGACAUGGCUUACAAAGUGGCUGAGAUGAUCAUUAAAGAUGUGACGAGUGUAACCUUAGGAUCACAAGGCAGCAACAGAUCCAGCAUGGAGUCCUCCCAGCCACCACUCACACCGUCAUCAGUGUCACAGGAUAAUCUCAGUGAUGUUUUCCCCUCAUGAUGUGAAAGAGGUGUCUAUAACAGAACAGUUUUAUCUGCUAAAUACAGAAAUGUGAUAAUAGGACCGUGAAUUAUAGGAGCACUUAUUGAAGUAACGAAUGUACAUAUGUACAUAUACAUAAUUAUUUUGGCUUGAUUGUCCCCAGGGGGCUCAUUGUUGUUAGUGUCACAGCAUCUACGGAAAAUGGGUCAUAGCUCAUGGAUAGGCUAAGAGGAUCCCCAGUGAGGAUGUAAUCAAAGGGUUUGAAACUUGAGUGCAUGCAUUGGGAGUAAAGAGGUCCUUGUUUUGGCAUAUGUUGUCGUCAGGCAGGAAGUAGAGAGCAGUAGCCAGUUUACUUCAAAGAAAAGACCAUUGUCAAGGCCAGAAUGAAGAUCAGGCUGAUUCCUAGUGUAUCCUAGGCAGGAUGAGAUGCUUUGCUUUGGCAGGAACCACUUACAUUCUCGCUAUACAUAAGUCAUGUGUGCACGCAUGCGCGCGUGCACACACACACGCACACACGCACACAUGCACACACACACACACACACACACACACACACACACACACACACACACACACACACACACACACACACACACACACACACACACACACACACACACACACACACACACACACCUACAUACAUACAUACAUACAUACAUACAUACAUACAUACAUACAUACAUACAUACAUACAUAAACCCAACCAUCCACCCUCAAACUCACCCACCAUACCCACUCACUGUUUCCAGAGAGUAUGUUCAUCAAGUAAGAUUGUAUCUUGGAAGAAUUAUUGAUUGGGUUAUGAUUUAAUAUAUAUUUAUACACAUGUCUCUUUACAUGUAUAUAUGCAUAUACAAUUACAGGUAACCCCUAUUACCUGACUAGGAUGCAUUCCAUAGAAAACCGUCUGAUAAGAGUGUCAGAUUAUUUUUCCCAUUAAACUGUGAAAGAGUUAAGGAGGUUGGGUUCCAGAUAACUCUCUUCAGUGGUGAAAAUUAAACAAAUGAAAGAUAAAUCAUUAUGUAUCCCUUAACACCUUUCACAUGGUAAAUAAGAAGGAAUAUUAUUUCAGUCUAAUACUGUAAUGAGAAAGAGUAACUUAGGUACUAAAAACCUCUACUGAAAAUAAUUGCUGGCAUCAAUUAAUAACUUUAUACACAUUGAAAAUAGGCAUGUGAUCACAUACCUGCAGCUCUCUUUUGAACAGAACACUUUGUUUUAUUGUCAGCAACAUGAAAAGUAUAUAGGACUUAAUGGCCUGUUUCAGAGUUUUUUGUUUCCAAGGGCAGUAUGAUGUGCUUUCAGUAUAACCGCUAGCAUCAGUGAGCCCUUUCAUAUGUGUAGUUCAUAGAAAAAUUAAGCUAUCCACCCACAACAGACCGUGAAAAAGCAGUACAUCUAUAAGUGGCUUAGAAAGAGAUUGUAUAAUUGUUGCCAGAAAAUCAAGGUACCUGAAAUGGGCCAUGCAGUUCACACAAGUCAUCUUUCAAUAUGACUUGCAGUGAAUGAAAGCUGUCUUACCAAGAAAACAGGUAUGUUGGGCAAGUGUGAGAUAGUAUUGGACUGCUCUUCAUCAUGAUUUGUUACCAAUUAAUGAUAAUAAGCCUAUAUAUUACUGUUACAAAUGCAGGUCUACUGUGUUAUUUACAUCUGGUUUAUUUGCAGUUUGAAAUGUCUGUAUGUCGGGGUUAAAUGCAAGAUAAUGGAAAAGGAUGCAGAUUUGCAUGGUUAAUGGUCAGAUAAUGUGGUUGCCCCUCCCUCCCUCCC